AUGCAGAAAAAGUUGACUACGAAGGAGAUGAUGCAGAGCACACCUUUUGCGGAGACAAUUGAGAAAAUUCAGAGUGGGGAUUAUUUAUAUAACAAAAAUGUAAAAGAGCUGGAGGCUGCGAGUAACAAGGCUGAAACAGAGAUACAGGGGGCUGAUGAGAAGGAUGUGUUGAAGGCCAGAAGGUGCAGCAGGUUGGCGUCACAAGAUAGUCAGAAGAUCGAAGAAAGACCAAUGGAGAGAGCGAAAGUGAAAAAUCUUUGUGCUGAUGCAGGUCCUUCAUUGUUCAUUAAUGUUCCAAGGGAUGAAAACAUUACUGGUAAAAUUGCGCACGAGUAGCCGAGCAAACAAAGUGAAAAAAAAGUCAU